UGGGUGACGUGAAAUUGAAGCGCCUGAGACGGUCUUGCAAAAUCAAAACGAAAACAGUGAGAGCUUUUAUUGUAUUUUAUACAAAACAGAGCGAAAUGCCCAAAGUAAAAAGGAGUCGGAAGCCGCCUCCAGACGGAUGGGAGCUCAUUGAGCCCACUUUGGAUGAGCUGGAUCAGAAAAUGAGAGAAGCUGAAACAGAGCCUCAUGAGGGAAAGCGAAAGGUGGAGUCCCUUUGGCCAAUUUUCAGACUUCACCAUCAGAGGAGUCGAUACAUCUACGACCUUUUUUAUAAAAGGAAAGCCAUCAGCAGAGAGCUGUAUGAGUACUGUAUAAAGGAAGGCUAUGCGGACAAGAACUUGAUUGCAAAGUGGAAGAAGCAGGGCUAUGAGAACCUGUGCUGCCUGCGUUGCAUCCAAACAAGAGACACCAACUUUGGAACCAACUGCAUCUGCAGAGUCCCCAAGAGCAAGCUGGAAGUUGGAAGGAUCAUUGAAUGCACCCACUGUGGAUGUAGAGGUUGUUCUGGCUAAGUACAGUUUUUGGACAUCCGGUCUAUUUUCUGUUGGACACCAGGGCUCACCCAGCCUGCAUCUGUGCACUGUCCCGAAGCAACAUUGUGUUUAUUUCAGUCACCGGUUGUAGGAACAAUUCAUUGACAUCUUUACCACCAUCCUCAGCUGCCCUGAUGAGGGAUCAGUAUUUGGAGAAUACACUGAGAGGGGCCAUAUUGUCUUACAUACAUUUGUUUCUCUGUAUGUUAUGGUUUUUUUUUUGGUUUUUUUUUUAAUAUACCAAACUAAAGCCCUCAUCUUUAAAGCUCAAUAUAGGAGUUUGAGGUUAGCUGUUUCUGGAUCAGGCCUGUCAUUCCAGCUAGUCACACCCACUGUGAAGGUCAUUUUCAAUUGUCAUGUGUUUCAUUUCAUUUAAAUAGAGCUGGGAGGGAAAUGAUUUCUGUUUGAAUUUUUUUCUUUAACAUUGUUGUUGUAGUAAAAUUUUAAAUAAAACCGUUCUGACUUA